AUUGGAAUUCCAUUGGAAGUGACACUCAAAAUUCUAAAUGUGAGGUUAGGUGGAGUGAGAAAAGCACGCAAAAUGGCUAAAUACUUGGCGCAAAUCAUUGUGUUGGGUGUUCAGACCAUAGGCAAGGCCUUCUCGAGGGCGCUUAAGCAGGAAAUUGAUAUGUCACGGCAGGCGGCUGCCCGACAAGCGUCCAGCGGCAGAGGCAGUCAACAGACCCAAGCGCAGAACCUCCGGACAGGCAUGACUCUGGAGGAGGCCCAAAAUAUACUGAAUAUGGAAAAACUGGACAAAGAAGUGCUAGAGAAGCAAUACAAGCACCUGUUCGAAGUCAAUGAGAAGGCGAAAGGAGGCUCUUUCUAUAUUCAAUCCAAAGUCUUUCGGGCCCGCGAGAGGAUAGAACAAGAGAUGAUGGCAGAGGAGAAGAAGUAGUUCAGGUGUUGAAUAGUAAUC